UUUAUAUCCCUGGGAAAAAUGCCUGAGGUUGUAGAACAAGAUCCCAUCGAUUUAAUGCUGAAGAAAACUGGUUGCAUCGAUUAUCAUUACAGGGUUCAGGAGUGUAUAGCAGAAUUUGGCGAUUGGCGGCAUUGUCAGAACAAAGUGCAAGAUUUUAAGAAGUGUAUGCAGAAAUACGUAGAUGCUCAAAACCAGAAGUACGCACAUAUAAAAUAACACCAAAAAAUUAUACAUACA